AUGGACAACAGGAAGAGGCAACCCAGUUCUUCCAGUACGGGGAGUUUGGUCUUUUGGUCCUCCUCGUUUCCCCGUCAAGCAGCAAGGGUCCUGAUUGUGGAGGCAUUGCCCCCCGGUUGGUCAGACACUUGCUCUGUGCUUUGUGAUGCCCUGGAUAACUUCCUGUCGCUGGCCUGCAGCCUGGAUGGACCCUGCAGGAUACCCCUACUCAGCCUCUAUGCCAUCAGCAGGCAGCAGGAAUGUCUGCUGCCAUUUGUGCAGGUCCGUGGAAAUUUAGCCAGGCUGCAUUCCUGCGUCGAGGAGCUGAGGUCUAUUCCAGGUGAAAGUUGCAUCAAAAGUGCAGCCAAAGGAGGCGAUCUGCUGCGACAGGCGGUGUUGGACAGUCUGCAGCAGUUUAAGCAGUAUAUCAGACACACCAGCACAGGCAACCAGGCCUGCAGCAACGCAUCUGUGGAGGUUACCGUGGUGACCAGCCAGCCGGGGCGCAGCGUGAUUCAUCAGCUGGAGAGCGGGCUGAAAGAAGCUGACCUGGUGUCACUCAGGCGGCUUCUGGUUGUUCAGAUUAUUGGAACGAAUGACUGGAGCCAGGACUCCCACUCACCUGAAGCCACAAUGACUGAAGACUCACUGAUGUUGGGGACAGAGGUGGACCUGCAGCAGGUGGAGAACAGCGUUUUCGCCAUGGAGACGGUGUUAAAGGCAUGGCUUCAGGAGCAGGGGGGGGAGAGGGAGCACCUCCACCUGCUGCUGCCCAGCCCCUCUGACAACCCGCUUCCAGUUUGUGUGAAGUGUGACAUGCUGGAGCGUCUGAUAAGCCCCGCCCUCAUCCCCAUGACCCCCAGCCUGGGCGUCAAGACAGAGAGCGUUCGAGACUUCCUGCCGGCGGUCAAGGGCCCCGGAAAUCAAAGCCCGACUCCUCAGAGGCUGAGAGUGAUCAAGGUCCUGCAUGCAGACGGGGUGUGUGAGAGUGUGCUGUACGGGCUGCCGCUGGUGAUCAGGCCCACCACCUGCUGGCAGCUGGACUGGGACGAGAUGGAGAACAACAACAGCCUUUUUCAUGCACUCUGUCAGACACUGCGGAAUCAAGACUUGUUCCUGCUGCUGAGGGUGGAACCUGAUAAGAAAUCCCCAGCUGGAGGUUCAGGUGUAUAUUCCCACUACAUCCUCCAGCCGUCUCCAUCUCUUUCCCUCCUCCUGAAGCCCGUCGCCUCCAGAGAGCUGCUGCUGCCUUGCUCACUGCCCGUCUCAAAUCAGGACCCCUCUCCUAAUGCCAUGCAGAGCAUACAGGGUUGCCUCUCUCAGCUGGAUGAGGACUUUGUGUUGAACCCUCUCCUACUGAGCAGCAACCUGUACCAGCACCUCCGGAGCAGAGCUCUGCUCUCACAGCCGCGAUACCCGUACAGGCUUCAGUCGGCACCCGCCCACAGAGAGCAGCCGCAGGCGGCAGAAAGCAGCAGAAACGCAGUCGGCCGACAGCAGCGGCAGCCUCCAAACCGCCAGCUUGGACCCAGCAGCAGGGUCAGGGCCACCGUGGCUCCGCUGCCCUCCGCCUCCUCCUGCUCCUCCUCCCUGCUGGGACCCCCUCCGGCGAAGGCCUCCCGCCCCGCGCUGCACUUCCUCAGCAGCGGCCGCCGGGCCCCGGCCCCUCCUCUGCAGGAAGAAGACAGUGAUGACUGUUUGAUUUUACAGUAA